AUGGCAACCCGUGGCUAUGAUGUGGUCGUAGAUGUGGACGCAGAAGGCGAUUUGGGACACACCGACCUGCAGGAGGAUCUCGAGUUCCACCCUUCCAAUUUCGAGAAUGACCAGCGAAGCGCCAAAGUCCACGGAGAUUCGGCUCCAUUCUUAGGUGGCAGCUCUUCGCGACGCCGCGACCGAUCUCCUGGCGGCACGCCGACAAAGCACAGCUGGUGGUCCCUCCACUAUUACGAACAAUACUUCGACGUCGACACAAAUGAGGUUUUGCGGCGCUGUAUGGCCGCACUCUAUCCGCGCUCUAACUUCCUCGACGUCCUUGAAGGCAAUGCCGACCUUUACGGGCCCGUUUGGAUCGCAACGACCGUCGUGGUCAUUCUUUUCUUGACUGGCACUAUUUCGCAGUGGCUCGCCAACAAUGAUGAGCAGCACUUUGAAUACGACUUCACAUUACUGUCAGGCGCAGCAGGGUUGAUUUAUGGAUACACAGGCAUUCUGCCUAUUGCGCUAUGGGGUGCCCUUCGCUGGUUCGGGAGCUCCACAGCAGACUUGAUUGAGUGCUGGGCGCUCUACGGAUACUCAAAUCUCGUGUGGAUUGGAGUCGCCCUUGUCAGCUGGAGUCCAUUGACAGCACUGAACUGGGCCCUUGUCGGCGUCGGUUUUGCCUGGACAACCUUCUUCCUCCUACGGAACUUGUAUCCGGUCUUGAACGCGACCGACGCCAAAGCGAGCAAAAUCUUGCUAAUCUUGGUUGUCGCUCUACACGCCGGCUUGGCUAUCGCCAUCAAGAUUCUAUUCUUCGCGCACUCGAGUCCCGUCUCGAAGAAGAACAAGGAUGAGUAG